UACAGACGCCCAUAUCUGCAAAGUCCAAUGGGCAGGGGCAAUCUUGACAGCAAGUGCGCUUUGCAAUGCCUUUCUCGACAUCCGCAGCGAGCUGCUGUCUGCGGCGAUUGCGUUGCAGUGUUCCAUUCGAGAGGAGUCACAGGGUUCCAGCAGAUUGCUGGCAAAGCAGAGAUCUGAUUGCAAGAAAGCAGAUUUCUGAAUCGGCGACGCUCUUGCCAACAAAUUUGAGGACAAAUAAACACCGUGAUAGCAUUCUCUCUGAGCAGAGCAAGAGGAGAUUCCACAACCGCAGCCUGAUUGCCACUGAUUACAGACUUAGGAUGUCAGCGGAAAGUAAGGAUUCUGGAGCUUCCCCUAGUGCACCACCAGCCAAAGCAGAUGUAAGACCUGCUAGCGAUGCUGUAAAGGGUGCUGAUGACAGUCCGAUCGUUCAGUAUCUAGUCAUCAGGAAAGAUCUGGUGGAAGUUGAGAAGUGGCCCCUGGGUGCAUUGCUCGCUCAGGCAAGCCACGCAGCUGUUGCUGCAGUUUGGUUGAACAGAGAAGAUCCUGCCACCAUUGAGUACUGCUCAGGAACGAACCUGGACAACAUGCAUAAGGUAGUCUUGGAACUUAAGAACGAGGUGCAGUUGAGAAACUUUUCAGAGAAGCUAGAAGCCAAAGGUGUAAAACACAAGCUGUGGAUGGAGCAGCCUGAAAACAUUCCAACGUGUUUAGCUACAAAACCUUACAAGAAGUCGGAUAUUGCAGACGAGUUUAUAAAGUGCAAGUUAUGCCGAUAGCAGGGAGAAUUUAUUAUCCCAAAUCACUCUCAGGGCACCGAAUUAUCUUAGCAUUUUUGCGAUGCCGGAUGCGUGUCACUUCCUGGCAAGCAAAAUGACAGGUGUUGGUACCUCUUAUUGAGCUGCCAGAGAUGCCAUCUUUGCGGAUGUGAUUCAGCAGCAUUCACGCUAAGACCAUUCAAGCUGCCGAAACAUACCAUCAAAGACUGAACG